AAAAGAAGAGGACAGCACGAAAGAAGAGGAGGUAGGCACUUGGACUAAAGCCUUUGGUGGCUUGUCUGGUAGCCGUUCAAAUUUGAUGCAUAGCAGAAAAACUGGUGGUCUGGAAAGCAGUCUUUUCAUUUGUUGAUUUUGGUUGUGGUGGUCGUUUAACAAGCGUUUCGCCACCCAUCUCCACUAGAACCAACAACAAACACAAGAUUCAACAAGAGAGCUACAAAAUUUUCAAUGUCUGUGAUUAGCUUCACAUCAUUAGCCAAUGCUGGGUUCUCAGAGCUGAGAGGAAAGCACAUGCAAUAUUCCAAGUUCUGGAAUUUCAAUUCUUCUCAAAACUCAGCAGAAAAAAAACAGCAAAUUCCACAACUAUCUGGUAGAACAGGCAUGCUGAUUUUGUAUGCUCCUGCGUUUCUAGCCGCUCUCUCAUGCUUGCUGUUUUUUCCCCAUCACAGUACCAGGCAUCUGUUGCUCUCCUCAGCUCUAACCCUUCAUUUUCUUAAAAGGCUUCUUGAGGUUCAGUUUGUGCACAGCUACAGUGGAGGUAUGAGUAUUGACACUGCAAUCCCUAUCUCUCUCAGUUACUUCCUGUCGACAGCAACCAUGAUUUAUGGUCAAAACCUAACCCAAGGGCUUCCAGAGCCCCCAAUUGAUUUGAAGGAGCCUGGGAUUCUCUUGUUUCUGAUAGGAAUUUCUGGCAACUUCUAUCAUCACUACAUUCUUUCAAAAAUGAGGUCAAAGGGUGACAAGGAGUAUAAGAUUCCAAAGGGUGGUUUGUUUGAACUUGUGAUAUGCCCCCACUAUUUCUUUGAGAUCAUGGGAUUUGUUGGGGUUUCUUGCAUUUCUCAGACUCUCUAUGCAUUCUCCUUCGCCAUGGGAACCGCACUCUACUUGACGGGAAGGAGCUGUGCCACCAGGAAAUGGUAUCUUUCCAAGUUUAAAGAGUUUCCCCAAACUGUCAAGGCUCUCAUUCCAUAUGUUUUGUAGAUGUCUUGGAUUGGAAGUGUGUUGUUAGAAGAAAUUUUAGAGUUCAUGUCAUUACUAAAAUAUGAAUAAGGUUUGAAUACUUUAAGUUAAUUGUAUUCUUCUUCAUAAGGAGGUAUAUAUAGGAGUUUACAAGGGUAUUUUACAAGAAAA